AUGAACCCCCCGCCUCAGAUAUUCGGGGCUUACAAUGCAGAUGGUGUACCGGUUUCGACAUUACCCGAUUUGAAUGGUCCAAUUUUUGGAGAUGGAACCCUUCUCGAUGAAAGCAACGAGGCAAAGCGACGGAGGAUAGCGAGGGUACGAACAAAAGUUCUGCCAAGUAAAGUGAAAGAGACAGAAAGGCUGACGAUGGCAGGCUUGCGAUAUGUGCCGGAAAAAGAAGAUCAAAUGCGAUGGAAAGUUACCAGCUUGUACGCAUUGUAUCAACUACAAAACAGAAUGUGUCUUUACGCAGGUCGAGAAGAAGAGGAAUCCCCCAAAGGAGCGAAAUAUAUCGAGGGCCUCGAGAAUCGUCUAGGUCGCAUGGAAAGUUUGUUGAAGCUAUCUGGCCUCCUUAACGAAGAAGAUGGCGGGCGAACGGAUCUGGGAACAUUGGAGAAGAUAUUACAGGAAAAGAAUCAAUCGCGAAGAGCAUCUGCUGUGCCUGCUUCGAGCGCAACGUCUCCGACUCAAAGUACCCCAGGUGGUCCGCCCGAAGCGAAUGGAUCGACCCCUAAUAGUACUAUCGCAUCGCCGGAACCAAAUAAAGAGUCCGAGAAGCGACAUAGCAAAGACAGUAAAAGUGGAGAGACUGAUGCAAAUGGGGAGCCCGUCGAGGCGCUUUCAGAUAUGAUGUGCUCCUUAAUCACAAAUAACUGCGGAGAAACAAGAUACAUAGGAUCAUCGUCUGGGUUCUCCAUAUUUUCGCCAAAGGGCAUCUCAUGGGUCAAUGAGAAAACAGGCGAUUCAUCCUUUCAAGAGAUGAUAUCUUCCGCUUCCGUGGACGAUAAUAAGAUGAUGUAUUGGAAGCCGGAAGUAUUCUCGGAUUUGUUUGCACGACCGAUAUGGAGGCAACUUCCUCCCAAAAACGAGUGCGUGUCCUUACUCAAGGACUUUUUUGAAAAUUUUAAUUGCAUGUUUCCCCUUUUUCACCAACCUACUUUCAUGCAUUUGGUCGAUCGACAAUACUCUAGUGAUCCUUAUGAAGGCUCCGGAUGGUGGGCAAGUCUCAACUGUGCCCUUGCCAUUGCUCAUCGUCUCCGUGUCAUGAGUCAUCUCGUGCCACAAGAGGAAGACACAAAAGCUUGGGGCUACCUCAAGAAUGCCAUGGGCGUUUUCACUGAGCUCACGAUGCGGAAUACUGAUUUACUCAGCGUACAAGCUUUGUUGGGAAUGGCUUUGUUCAUGCAGGGUACACCAAAUCCGCAGCCUUCUUUCUUUCUUGUAGCAGCAGCCAUUCGACUCUCACACAGUAUUGGUCUUCAUAAACGUGGAUCUGGCUUCAAUCUCAAUCCGGUUGAGAUUGAGCAACGCAAACGUGUAUUUUGGAUAGGAUACAUGCUAGACAAAGAUAUCUGCUUACGCUCAGGAAGACCUCCUGCGCAAGAUGACGAUGAUAUGCAUGUCGAAUUACCGAGCGCUGACCCUGAAGAUAACAUUGGUAAUAUCCCUCUAGCCGAUGGAAAAGGAAAAGUAAAUCUUUUCCGCCUGAUGUGUGAAUUUUCAAUGAUCGAGAGCAGAGUAUACAAGCAGCUUUAUUCGACUAAGGCCUCAAAACAAUCAGAUGGAGAACUUCUCAACACCAUAGGAGAGCUUGAUUCUCAACUUGAAGAAUGGAAAGACAGUAUCCCGGUCGACUUUCGUCCAGAGCAUGAGAUCAAGGCUUCGCAUACCCCAUUAAUUCUCCAUGUUGUUGUUCUUCAUUUCGCUUACUAUAAUUGCCUCACUACGAUUCACCGAAUGUCUGUUCACCACGGAUAUUGGACUAGCCGUCUUUCUAAUUACGCUAUUCAAGGCCUGAAUGCUAGACCUCUAAAUCCUCGUGUCUUUUCCUCGGCCGCAUUGUGUGUAUCUGCUGCUCGGGCAUCCAUACAUCUUAUCAAGUAUGUCCCUCAGGGCGACUUCGCUUGUGUUUGGCUCAUUCUCUACUUCCCCGUUUCUGCGCUUGUAACACUCUUCGGUAACAUUCUACAAAAUCCUCAAGAUCCCCGGGCACGUUCUGAUGUUCGUCUUAUGAACCUCGUGGUUAACUUCCUUUCAAUGCUGGGCACCGAGGAAGAGAAUGGAGGUGUGAAACGCAUGCUUGGAGUCUGUUCAGAGUUCGAGAGGAUAGCAAAAGUCGUUUUGGAUAAAGCAGAAAAGGAGACAUCUUCAAGAAGAAAACGAAAGAGUGGCGAUGAUUCGACCAGAGCAUCACAUAUGCCUAGGUCCGGCCAACCAAAAACCCCUAUGAACCAUCCUCGAUCCCCCAUGCCUGGAGUCUUCUCUCCUAACUCAACGAACCAGAUGAAUUUUCAGAAUGGGUUUAGCCCCAUGCAAGGAGCUUCUCCGAGCUCUAGUUGGCAAUCUGACUUCUGUCCUUCUGGAGGUGAUUUUAUGGGACAAAAUACAGGGUCACCAUUUGGAAGUGUUCAAGGCUUUACGAAUGGAAAUGAGUUCAACUCCCCAUUAAAUCCAAAUUCUUUUCAGCAACCUUUUGUUCCUCAGGAUCUUUGGCAGAUGCCAAUGACCCUUGAAUGGGACUGGGCAGAAAUGACAGGGGGCACAUAUCAAAGUUUCGAAAAUGGCGUUAUGGGAGACCCUAAUCUUCAUAUGAACGAUAAUUCACAUCUACAAAAUCAAGGUGGGGGAAUCUCUCUUGCUAGAAUUUCUCAGACCACCGUCCAAUCUGCCGCACGAAAUUCCCUCCGUACAUCAUCGACAGCACCCUUAUUACGGUCGCGGAUAGCUGCACAAAGAGCGCGCACAUUCGUCACUAAGCCGCCAAAGCCAGACAAGGACACGGGAAAGGAUGAGUCGGAGGUAAAGUCGAAAAAUCAAAAAUCGUCAGAACCACCCGCCAAGCCCGCCCCCGGGACGGAAAACCUCUACAAUGGAAAGACUCCUUUAUCCCCCUCGGAGAACGGUGCGGAACCACAGGAGUCACCGCUGGUUGAGGGGUAUGUGAAGUUAACGGAGGAGGAGAUGAAGCAGCUAGAGCAAGUAAUUGCUUCUAUGCAAUUUGGAAAAGGCCAAACUCAAGAAUUGAGGGAAGCUUUGAAGGCUAUAAAUAAGGCAGGCGUGCCAUCUGAAUUAAGAGAUUUGAUGAACGAAGUGAAGGGUAGACCGAUGACUUUGACGGAAGCUGCAAAAUUUACAAAACUGGUGUUGCAGAUGGCGUGGUCCGCUGCAAAGGUCCAAUCACAGACACAACAGUCACAGGGAACAAAUUUCAAUUCAAACGAGCCAGGAUCUUCUACAAAUGGUAACAAAGGAGACCAGAAGCAGGGGCAGGAUGGAAAGCAGGGUAGCAAGAAAGGCAAUCAGCACGAAAGCUUCAACUUUGGCAACUCGACGGAGAUCAAACUCGAUACUACAACCUUAUUGAUUGGAUCUUUCGCAACAUACUUCCUAUGGCAGACACUCUUCCCCGGCACCAACAAGAAGGAUAUCACAUUCCAGGAAUUCCGAAAUAACUUCUUUGACAAAGGGUUGGUCAAAAGAUUGACUGUGGUUAACAAGUCGGAGGUCCGGGUUGAUCUUCACACUGAGGCCGCUGCUGCGAUGUAUCCAGACUCUCCUGCCGGUAACCCCAACUUUCAUUACUAUUUCUCGAUAGGUUCUGCCGAAGGUUUUGAGCAAAGAAUGGAACAAGCACAAAACGAGCUAGGAAUACCUGUUGCUGAGAGGAUACCAAUUGGUUACGCUAGUGAUGGAGAUACAUGGGCUCUUAUCUACUCUUUCGGUCCUACACUUUUGUUCAUUGGUGCUAUUUUCUACAUGUCAAGGCGAGCUUCGGCAGGUGCUGGAGGCAACAGUGGCAUUUUUGGAAUGGGAAAAAGUCGAGCAAAGCAAUUCAAUCACGAGACUGAUGUAAAGGUUAAGUUUAAGGAUGUUGCCGGUAUGGAUGAAGCAAAGCUGGAAAUUAUGGAGUUUGUCUCCUUCCUAAAGACACCUGAGCAAUUCCAACGUCUAGGUGCUAAAAUCCCUCGCGGUGCUAUUCUUUCUGGACCACCAGGUACUGGUAAAACUUUGUUGGCAAAGGCAACAGCUGGUGAAUCUCAAGUACCAUUCUUUAGUGUCAGUGGUUCCGAAUUCGUCGAGAUGUUUGUUGGUGUUGGAGCAUCGAGAGUUCGGGAUCUUUUCGCUAUGGCCAGAAAGAGUACACCUUGUAUUAUCUUCAUUGAUGAAAUCGAUGCUAUCGGAAAGUCUCGUGGAAAGUCUGGUGGGUUUUCUGGAGGUGGAAACGAUGAACGGGAAGCCACACUCAAUCAAAUUUUGACCGAGAUGGACGGUUUCAACACGACUGAGCAAAUUGUUGUUCUUGCUGGUACCAAUAGACCCGACGUACUCGACAAGGCUCUAAUGAGACCUGGUCGUUUUGAUAGACACAUCUCUAUCGACAGGCCGACCAUGGAUGGUAGAAAGCAAAUCUUCAAGGUUCACUUGGGCAAGAUUGUUACCAAUGAGAAUAUUGAGUACUUGACUGGACGAUUGUCAGCCUUGACUCCAGGUUUCUCUGGUGCUGAUAUUGCCAACUGUGUCAAUGAAGCUGCUUUGAUUGCUGCCCGAACACAAGCCAAAUCUGUAGCUAUGUUACACUUUGAACAAGCUAUUGAGCGUGUUAUUGGUGGUCUUGAGAAGAAAUCUCUUGUUCUAUCACCAGAAGAGAAGAAGACAGUUGCCUACCAUGAAGCAGGCCACGCAAUUUGCGGUUGGUACUUCAAGUGGGCUGAUCCACUUCUCAAGGUUUCCAUCAUUCCUCGUGGACAAGGUGCCCUCGGAUACGCACAAUACCUCCCUGCUGGCGACACUUAUCUCAUGAAUGUCAACCAACUUAUGGAUCGUAUGGCAAUGACUCUCGGUGGACGUGUAUCAGAAGAACUCCACUUCGAAACCGUCACCAGUGGUGCUAGUGACGACUUCAACAAGGUUACUCGCAUGGCUACCGCCAUGGUAACUAAAUGGGGCAUGUCUAAGAAACUGGGCCCCCUCCAUUUCGAGACUGACAGAGAAAAUCAACUGAUGAAACCUUUCGCCGAAUCGACGGCCCAAACUAUUGAUUCAGAAGUUCGACGUAUAGUCGAUGAAGCAUAUGAGAAAUGCAGAAACUUACUGGUGGAGAAGAAGGACGAAGUGGGUAUCAUUGCAGAGGAGCUUUUGGCGAAGGAAGUGCUCGGUAGAGAUGAUAUGGUGAGAUUACUGGGACCAAGACCAUUUGAUGAGAACAAGGAUUUCAUCAAGUACUUCGGUGGAGGAUCGUUAGGAAAGAGUGCGCCGCCACCACCGGCGACGGAGAGUACGGAUUUGCCAACUGAAGACCCUACUCCUCUUGCUUAA